CAGACCUCAAACUUAGGCUACUGCAUGAAUUAGCCUAUUUUAUAUUUGAACAUAGUUUACAGCUUCCUUAGGCUUAAAAUGAUCCAUCUCUUCCUUCUUUCCCGCUGGCCGAACUGCAUGUUUAUCAAGCAAACGUCACAUGCAAUAAACUGUCUGCACGUGAGCCGGAACGCUCAAAGAAGAAUUCCAAUGCGCAUGAGCACGCGCUCCGACUGCGCGCUCUCAAUUCACCUUUCCAACGUGUUGUUUUGCGGUCUCUAAUACAAGUUCAAACAAAUAUCGUUUUGACUUAGUCAAUGUGGACAACAGGAUUAAGCUUAAAGUAUGUGAUGGUAAUCAAGUCAUUCAGAGAUUACUUCAGCACACUGGACAGCACUCGUCGCCAGUGACCGUUCAUUUUUCCCAAAGCAGAAUGGAAAGCAGCAAAUAUGAGCCAACGAGGACCCACUGGGAAAUCACGGACAAAACACCGCAACAAAUCAGCAGUUACUUACUUUAGAAAGAGACAUGAACUUAUUGGAAAUAUUUCUGGAGUUACUCAUCGUUGUAAUUGCAGUUGUGUCACUCGUGGCAAACUUGCUAGUGUUAGUAUGUUUCACCUGCAGCGCACAAGUUCGUGCGCAGAUGCCAGGGAUCUUCAUCAUCAACCUCUCUUUCUGCAACAUCCUCAUCACCGUUCUCAACAUGCCUUCUACACUAUUUGGGGUCUUAAAACGUCAAAAGCCGUUUGGCGAUCACUUUUGCCAAACGGUGAGUUUCAUGGAUACUUUUCUGACUACCAACACAAUGUUGAGCAUGGCAGCUCUCAGCAUAGACCGCUGGAUUGCCGUGGUUUUUCCUUUGACUUAUUCCAGCAAAAUGAGACUCAAGAAUGCCGCGCUGAUGGUCAGUUAUGCCUGGAUUCACUCGUUUGCAUUCUCGCUGGCUGCUGUCCUGCUGUCGUGGGUCGACUAUAGUCCCGCGUACGCAUCAUGCACUGUGCACCUGAGGGACGAUGAUGGGAGCCGUGGGCACUUCAUAGUGUUCACCACAGUGUUCCACGCAUGUACUUUCGCCCUCUCUCUUUUCAUCCUAUGCUUUACCUACACGAAAGUACUACAAGUUGCUCGCUUCCAUUGUAAGAGGAUAGACGUUAUAACGGUGCAGACACUCAUGCUACUUGUCGACAUUCACCCAAGUGUGAAACAACGGUGCUUACUGGAACAGAAGAAAAGGAGACGGAGGGCCACGAAGAAAAUCUGCAUAUUCAUCGGGUCGUUCGUCCUGUGCUUCGCCCCCUAUGUCAUAACACGACUGACUGAACUGACUCCUUCGGUAACAGUCAACCGUUAUUGGGGGAUCAUAAGUAAGUGCUUGGUGUACAGCAAAGCUGCCUCUGACCCUUUCGUCUACUCUCUCUUACGGCAACAAUAUAAGAAGGCCCUUUUUGAAUUGUGUAACAGGAUUUUGGGCCGGGACUCAUACACACUGUCUGGACACAGCAGCCCCUCAGACAUGGAAAAUGAAUGCUGCUCACAAAGGGUUAACAAGUUGAAGGACACUGUCACUUGAGCAGGUGAAAAUGUCAAACCAAA